AUGGGUUCGCCAAGUCCCUACGCCGAUGCGCAUCAAGACCCCCAGGGAGCCGGAGACGCCCGACCAACCGCCCUCCAAAUCAUCAAGGACGAGGGUGUCGAAGACAAGCUGGCCGGCAAGGUUAUAGUGAUUGUGGGCGGUACCUCAGGCAUCGGCGUCGAGACGGCUCGCGCAUUGUCAGCUACCGGAGCGACUCUAUUCCUCACGGCUCGUAACCUGGAAAAGGCUAAAAAGAACCUCGCCGGAAUUCUAGAGCCGGGAAGGAUCUUUUUAGUCCCUAUGAACCUCGAUUCAUUCAAAACUAUCCGGGCCGGGGCGGGGCAGAUUCUCUCUGCCUCGAAAAAAGGUCAAAUAAACAUCCUGAUCAACAGUGCUGGGGUUAUGGGAGUCCCAGAGCGCAGGCUCACCGAGGAUGGGUUCGAGUCCCAAUUCUCAGGCAAUUAUUUGGGUUUCUUCCUUCUCUUCCAGCUGCUGAAAGACGCUUUGCUGGCUAGUGUAACCCCCAAAUUUAGUUCGCGGGUGGUCAUUGUCGCUUCAUCAGCCCACCGAGCUGGUGCCCUCCCGGCAAGUGACAACUACAGUUUUGAAAAGACUGAAUAUGACCAUGAGGCUGCUUACAAUAACUCUAAGCUGGCGACUGUGUAUCAGGCCAACAUGAUCGAGCGUCUCUAUGGCAGCCAGGGACUACAUGGAACCAGUCUCCACCCCGGUGCCAUCAAUACUGACAUUUCCCGCAAUUUGCGCAGGGAGGUCCUGGAUUCGAUCAUGACCAAUCCCUAUGUCCUCAAGAUCCUCAAGUCUUCAGAGCAGGGUGCGGCUACGACUGUCUGGGCAGCAGUUGGCAAGGAGUGGGACAAGAAAGGUGGCAGGUAUCUCGAGGAUUGUCAAGAGGCGGAGCGUGGAGAGGACGAUGGUCAGACCUUUGGAGUCGGAUGGGUUAAGCAAACUUACAGUCCCGAGGAUGAGAGUCGUCUCUGGAAAGACUCGCUCAGACUAGUUGGCUUGGAGGGCCAGUAA